AUGAAUAAGCCUUAAGAGUAUAAUCCAUAUAGAUCUAAAUUGAGAAGAUAAAUAAUUCAAUCUAAUACUUAAAAUGAGCAUUCUUAUCCAUAACAAAUAAAAUUAGAAAUAUAGCCCUCUUAUAAUGAGAUAGAAAUAAGAUAUGAGAAAGCAUUGAAAAUGAUGGAGAAAUUUGAAUAUAAAUUUUGUUUAGAGGUUGGGCAAAUACAAUUAGGGCAUUUAUAAUCCAAAAGAAGUGAUAAAGAAAUCAUUUAGUUUUGGAGAGAUUAAGAUUUAGUUCAUUAGAUUAUAAUAAUAUACUUCGAUAAAAUAUAGUCUGUAGAAUAAUCUUUUUAAAUAGCAUAAAUAAAAAGAAUAUUUAUUAAUAGAUAGACGAAAAAUAAAGAUAUCAAAUAUAGUUACAACAAAAGAUUUUGAUGAAUAUUUCAAAUAUAAAAUUAAGACUUAGUUAGGAUAAUAUGGUUUCAUAAAAGAAAUUUUUGUUAGCAAAUUAGAUGAAAAUUGAGGGAAGACAUGCAAGUGAAAAAUUAACUAAAUAUGCCUUGUAUGAAAUAGGAAGAUAAAAAUAUGAUGGCUGCAUUUUUAGCAGAUGA